UUUACCCAAAUAAAUUUGAAUUACGAACAUGUUUAAUAUUUUGCUGCAAUAUUUUGUGUAAAUAAUGAAAAUAUGAGAUUGUCGUCAGUUCUUUAUUCAAAAUCGGUGAAAAAUGUUUACAAAAAAUCGGUGUAUCGAAUUUAUCGUAAAACCGAAAAUGGAUGGAAAGUUUUAAACAAUGUGGAUAAAAAUGCAAAACCAUUGCCGGUUAGAAAUUAUGACCAAAUACAAUGUGAAAAGAAUGAUAAACCAGAAUUAUCUAAAGAUGAAUCAACAUCCGAAUUAUCGAAAAAUGAAUCUACUUGCCGUGAAAAUGAAAUGAAAAUUCAAAUGCUAUCGGAAUCGCUUUACAAUCAAAUAUUUAAAAACAGCAAGAAAAAUACGCCCGACCAACACACGAUUCAAAUAUAUCAAAAGACGCUAAAGUCCCAUGGCAUCAAACUUGGAGAGACUCCACUUUUACCUGAUGUUGAUAUUAAACUACCAUCGCUGAAAGGGUCGAAUUUGAUUGAACAUUUUCAUGAAAUAGCUCGUGAACAAUUGUUGCCAUACAAAGUGCUCAUCGACCAAUUGAGUGAGGCUGAAAUAGCUCCGAUGCCAAAAACAUGGAAAAUGAUUGAAGGUUGGACGCGUUACGAUCGUGAUGGAAAUACUGCUCCCGUACCGUAUCCAGAUGAUAAGGCUUUGAUAUUCGAUAUUGAAGUGUGUGUACGUGAAGGGAAUGCACCAACAAUGGCGUGUGCUGUUGGACCAAAUUAUUGGUAUUCAUGGUGUAGUCGAAGUUUAACCACACCGAUUUCAAGACGAACAAGACGACUUAAGGAUGAAAGUAUACCAAGAAUUUAUCGUGCCGAUGAUAUGAUUAACAUGGAACCGGAUGACAGUGCGGAACCGCGAAUAAUAAUCGGUCAUAAUAUUUCAUACGAUCGUGCUCGUAUACGAAAUCAAUAUAAUAUGAAAGCGACAAAAACUCGAUUCCUGGACACAAUGUCGAUGCAUGUAUGCGUGUCGGGAGUAACUUCAUAUCAACGGGCUAUGUUAAAAUCGUCAAAAGAAAUCGAACCCGACGACGAAUCAUGGAGCUCAAUGAGUUCAUUGAAUGGAUUGGUUGAUGUUUACAAAUUGUAUUGUAGUAGUGGCAACGAUGGCGAUGAUAAUGGCAAAAUAAGCAAAGAGCAGCGAUCGAUAUUUGUCGAAGGAUCUUUGAGUGAAAUUCAACGGGAUUUCCAAAAUUUAAUGACCUAUUGUGCAAACGAUGUGAUGGCCACUCACAAAGUCUUCAAGGCACUAUAUCCCAUGUUCAACGAACGAUUUCCACAUCCAGCGACAUUGGCCGGUAUGCUUGAAUUAGGCAUGGCAUAUUUACCAGUGAAUUCGAACUGGUCACGUUACAUUAAUGAAUCGGAUUUGAUCUACAAAGAUUUUGACAUUGAAUCAAAGUAUUUGCUGGCAAAGCGAGCAAAUCAAGCUUGUCGUCUGCUGCACAAUGAUGCCUACAAAAAAGAUUUAUGGCUUUGGGAUGAAGAUUGGUCGGUGCAAGAGUUAUCGUUGAAAAAAACUGCGGCAAAAAAGAAACGAAUCAAAAAUCAAUUGAACAAUGACGUAGCUGUAGAAACAAAUGAAUUCGAACGUUUAAAAAAUAAGUUUCAAUAUUUAUUUGAUUUCGAAGAGCAUCUUCCGAAGCGUCGUCCAUUGCUAGCCGGCUAUCCAGCUUGGUAUCGAAAAUUAUGCUUGAAGCGAACGGAAGAAAAUUGGUCACCGGGACCCGUUGAAAUUGGAACCGGAAUGCAAAUUGCACCAAAGCUAUUGUCACUAUGUUGGGAAGGUUAUCCACUACAUUUCAUUCGGGAACACGGUUGGGGAUUUUUGGUGCCAUUCAAUAAUGAUAUUCCAGAUGAAUAUAAUGGAGCAAUUCCAUUAGCACAAUUGAUUGAGAGAUGCCCCGCUGCGGAUCUAUUUUCCAAAUCGGCCACACAAAAUGAAAGUGAACAUGCACUGCGAAAACUAUCAAAAGAUGUUGAAAUGGAACUGGGCAAAAGAGACUAUUACUCAAAACCAAAAAAGCAAAAUCCGAGCGAAGGACGAUACGAUGGCACUGGCGUUUGGUGUAACACUGAAUUGGAGGGAACUUGUUGGUUUUUUAAAUUGCCACACAAAAAUGGCACACAAUACCGUGUCGGCAAUCCAUUGGCACGUGAUUUUUUAAUCAAAUUUUCCGAGAAUGUUCUAGCUGGCGAUAGCAUAACAGCUGAGCGCGUCAUUCAAAUAGCACGAAUGCUAUCCUAUUGGCGAAAUAAUCGUGAUCGAAUUACAAAUCAAAUGGUUGUAACAACGAAUGAUGGCGAGAAUGAUGCGACGAAUGAAACAACGUCCACGGCGAUAAUACCACAGGUUGUCGUUUGUGGAACAUUAACGAGACGGGCGAGUGAACCGACUUGGAUGACAGCAAGCAAUGCACAAACGGACAGAAUUGGAUCCGAGCUACGAAGUAUGGUGCAGGCACCCGAAAAAUACCGCAUCGUUGGUGCUGAUGUUGACAGCCAAGAAUUGUGGAUUGCAUCAGUAUUGGGUGAUGCCAGUGAAGCCCGAAUGCACGGUGCAACUCCAUUCGGAUGGAUGACGUUGAAUGGUACGAAAUCGAAUGCAAGCGACAUGCACAGUGUUACAGCCAAAGCAGUCGGCAUUUCAAGAGAUCACGCCAAAGUAUUAAAUUACGCACGAAUCUAUGGUGCUGGCCAACAAUUUGCCACUCGACUGCUUAAGCAAUUCAAUCCCACAUUUUCGGACGGUGAGGCCAAAUCAAAGGCCACGAAAAUGUUCACGCUAACAAAGGGUAAAAAAUUGUACUAUCCAAUGGCCGAUUAUUUGGAUCAGAUCGAAGAUAAAGGCUACACAAACUAUGAGGCAAAAAUAAUUGCAUUGAAAUAUGGAAAACGAAUCGAUGAAAUGUUCAAUAAAAGCAAAUGGUAUGGUGGCACAGAAAGUGCGAUGUUUAAUCGUUUAGAAGAGAUUGCCGGAAGUGAUAAACCGGUUACUCCGUUCUUGGAGUCUCGGCUAAGUCGAGCAUUAGAACCGCAAACAGGUACCGUAGAUAGAUUUUUGCCAACGCGCAUCAAUUGGGUGGUUCAAUCGGGGGCCGUUGAUUUUCUGCACUUGAUGAUGGUGUGCAUGCGAUGGCUGAUGCAAGAUAACAUUCGAUUUUGCUUGAGUUUUCACGAUGAAGUUCGAUACAUUGUUAAAGAAGAAUUUGCAUACAAAGCUGCGUUGGCCAUGCAUCUGACCAAUCUUUUAACGAGAUCGUUUUGUGUUAGCAGAAUUGGAUUAGAUGAUUUGCCGCAGUCGAUAGCAUUUUUUGCAUCAGUUGAAGUGGACAAAGCGUUACGUAAGGAGGCACAAUUAGAUUGUAAAACACCAUCGAAUCCAUAUGGAUUAAGCAUUGGCUAUGGAAUACCACUGGGCGAAUCACUCGAUAUUUUAAAAGCAAUUGAAAAAGCAAACGGCUCCGAUUUAAACGAAUGGCCAUGGCAUAAAAAAGCUGUUCAACAUUCAAAUUGAAUUUGAUAGUUGGGCUGCUAUUUACACCGAAACAAAGGCUUGUGAUUACGAUUCGCUUAAAUUUAAAAAGGAAAAUUAUUUGUUUUGUAUUUAACUGUAAUAACAGUUAAAAAAAUGUGCAAAGAAAUUCAAUAAUCAAGAGAUAUUUUGUAA